GUGCCCUUGUCUAGUGCUGAGUGAACAUGCUUGAGUUUAGGAUGCCGCUCGUGAGUACCUCCGACUCACGGCAGGACUGUCGCCUGCUGGUCUUACUGCUCACUCUCACCUUGGAUUACCUUGACCUUGCGUCCGCCAGCUCGUCAUGGGAACAUCUUUCUCUGAGGUAUGGAACCUGGUACCGGCCCCCAAAGACACCGCGAGAGGCCCAGGCCAUGGGCUACAGGCGGGUCAACGGAAUCUGUCAGAUGGACACAUACCACGGCUUCCUGUACGUCCAUCCUCACAACGACAAGUCUCGCCUGCUCUUUGACCUCAACGACAAACUGGCUGGUAUUCAGACUGCAAUCCCAGGCAACAUGAUGGGGUUCAACUCAGCCAACGAGACAGUGCGCGUACCGACCAAAGAGGUGAUCCCACCCAUACUGCUGAGCCAGGAGCAGUACAGCCCCGGCAUACAGAUGUACACAAUUACAGCGUACUUCAAACACCCCAGCCUUAUCUGCAGCCCGUACACGCAACACGCCCACCCGGGGAAAGGCCUGUACAUCCAGAUGGGGUACCGGGUGGAGAGACAGUACGAGAAGAUCCCGCUCGACUCUCGCCACCUGUCCUCAGACUGGAAGACUGGAACUUGUCUGCCUAGCAUGGGUCGUCACUACUUCAAGAACUUGACCCGCGACCUGGCGUGCGAGAAGCUGUACCCGGUGUUCCUGAUGUACAACGAUGAGGGACAGCUGGGCGGGUUCGGUUGGCUCUUCCAGGGGAUUCCGCCCUCAGAGUCCUCGCGAACACCCGUCAAGUGGUUCAAAUACUCUUGGCAGUUCUACCCGGCAAUAUUCGACCAGUCGAUGCUGCCGUCUUGUAUGUUCAACCCGGCGUUCAACAUAUUCGGUAUCCGGGUGUAUCUCCGCAAUGAACAUACCAUGACCUGCCCCCGCAUACAACCCGCUGGCCACAGCGAUGAAAAAGGUGGCGGAUACGACAACAACAAUAACAACAACAACAAAGAUAGUGAGAGUAAUAUUAAGCACGACAAUAACUGGAAAAAUGACAAUGACGAAGACGAAGUGACCUUCCGACCUCUUCACCCCAAGAAACCGCAGCACAACCCCCAGCAGCACAACACCCGCCACCCGAACACCAGCCAGAGCCCUAAGUCCCCCAAGUACACCAACUCACAGACCAACAACGUCAUCGAUGCUGACGUCAUCAGAGAGACUGGGAGCAACGGCGCUCACCACUCUGGCUCACGCUUCUCUUGUGAUUUCACUUUUGUCUUGUUCUUGUGUUUGAUGACUCAUGCCAUGAUGUCGUGGUGUUUAUGCUCUCCGAGCUUUGCUGAUGUGACGCCGUUGUUGGAGGAGCGGCGCCGACUAAGGUAGCAUCAUGGUGCGAAGUAGUUGUACCUGCUUACGUGGCAUGGAUUGGAGAAUCAUACAAAACAGCCGAGGAUUUGGAGUUGGAGCAGUAAAGUUCUUUACUUUGGUCUCAGCCCGGACUGAGAAUGGUCGGUCCAUCUGUACUACAUUUUGUUGUUGUAAAUGGAAGUUUUGACUUUGGGCUAUACGUAAAAAUGUGUGAGGUAUACGUAUGGCGAGUGUCUGAGUAGUGGAGGAUUACAUCAAAAUAUGAACGAGAUCCAAAUGAAACAGUGGUGAAGAUGGUGUUGGGAGCGGGGAAAGGGGAGGCGGGGGCUGUGGAGAAAUGCGGCCACAGGAAAGCCUCAGAGGUAAAAUUUGGUAAAAGAACGAACAAAGCAUCACAGGCACAAACUAAAAUGUGGUGAGAUAGAAAGAGUAAACGAGAGAAGAAGAGAGAAGAGAGAGAGAGUGAAUGAGUGAGAGAACAAGUGAAGGA